GGGUCGGCGCGUCCCAGCCCUAUGCGUCCAGAGCUGGUGCGUCGCUCUGCAGCAGAAGUGCGCCACAAUCACUAUGGCUAUGGCCGCAAGCAAGACGCUCUUGGCGCUAUUUGUUACGUUUUGCGCACCGGGAUGCAGCUGGACAGCGGAGAAGCCCGUAAGACCGCAGAGUGGCAGACAGACGCCUGUGGACAAGGGCCUGAGGGAGACCUGGGAGCCGUCUAUUCACCUGGACGGACGACCCGUGGACCGCAUCAUCAACUCCAACAAACCCAUGAGGUCUAACCGCUUCCCUAAAGUGAGCAAGGACAGUCGGCCUCAUCUGCUGGAAGUCGAAGACCCUGAAUGGGUUAACCUGGAUGGCUUUGCUGUGUUGGGCGGUACACCUGUCAGCAACUCAUCAGCAGGUCCAGUCAGGUAUUCACAAUUCGAAGCCAGAAAUCAGUCCUCUGUAUCCCGGGCGACCAGGGUGGACCGAACGGCUCACCCAUCAGGCGUGGUUAAUACGAGGACACACAGGAGGGCACCCCAGUCCUCCUCGGGUCCCAGGCAGCCUGAGAGACCUUUGGCACGAACCCCGCUGCUGCUGGAAAGGCGACGGCAACACCACAUCAAGCCUCAGUCGGACCAGAGAAACCGACAGGCACAAAAACUAACAUCUGAGUCCGUUCAUGUGGUGUCACUGCAGGCACAGACGGCCCAAGGCCAGAGCGCACCGGCCAACAGAGCAGUCGCAACCAAAAUGACCACACCAGAGCCACCUGAAUAUGAGGCCAAGGACAUCAGUGUCAGGGUCAUGUCUCCUCAGUCGGUCCUCAUCUCCUGGCUCGACCCUGCUGUUGAGAUGGGGAAAGUUGCCCCUGGGGCAACCAGAUCCUACACAGUUAGGUACAGGGAGAAAGGCGAGUCAGCGCGCUGGGAGUACAAGGAUAGUACCCAGAGAAGAAUGAUGAUAGACUCCUUGUCUGCUGACAGCAUGUAUGAGUUCUCUGUCAAGAUCUCUCAGGGAGAAAAACAUGGAAAGUGGAGUGUCUCUGUCUUUCAGAGGACUCCUGAGUCAGCACCGUCUGGCCCGCCUGAGAACUUUGAGGUCAGGCCACUACGAGGAAAAGGAACGGCUGUCAUAGCAACUUGGGAUCCACCUGAAGAACCCAAUGGGAGGAUACGAGAGUACAUCUUGUCUUAUGCCCCUGCUAUGAAACCAUUUGGAAUGAAAUCUGUGACGUACCGUAGCAGCACCACCACAGCCAACAUCGAUGGCCUCACACCCGGAGACCGUUACAUUUUCAAGAUUAGAGCCACCAACAGGAAAGGGAUUGGACCACAGAGCAAGGCCUUCAGUGUUGCCAUGCCAGGAUCUAGCAGUGCUGCCAAAACCAAGAACAACGUCAGGACUAGCCACACUCCAUCCAAACAGGAUUCUGACCAUGACAAGUACAGCCUCCAGUCAACAGAGAUGCCAGAAGAACCAACCGCAAAACCCCAGACACGUCCUUACAGCAGGCGUACACGUCCACUUUCCCAGACACGCUCCUAUCACAGCAUCUUCUCCUCUGUCAGGGGCUCAGUCAGGAACACAGUAAACAGAGGCUCAGGCACAGGAAGAGCUAGAGAAGGUGAGGAAGAAGAGGAGACGAAAAUACCCACAACACCACCUCCAGUAGAAGAGACAACAACUGUACAAGUUGUGCCAGAGACAAAGGAACCAGACAAUGAUGUUUCCCUUGAAUCUGAAGAUGAAGAGGAAUAUAAUGUGGAGCCCGCGACUACUAAAACCCCAAGCCUCAAGGUUUUGACUCCGUCCCCAGUUAAACCUGCAUCCAGUCCACCAAAUAGAAGGCCAAUUAAAAUCAGGGUCCAUCAGAAAGCAGGAUCAAAGACUUCCUCCUCAUCAUCCACUGGUUCAUCUUCCUCCUCCUCAUCCACUGGUUCAUCUACCUCCUCCUCAUCCAGUGACGCAUCUUCAUCUUCCUCUUCUUCACCCUCUUCUGUCGAUUCCUCCUCAUCCUCUUCUACUUCCUCUUCAUCCUCAACAUCAUCCCGUUCAACAAGCUCAUCAUCUUCAUCCUCACGUAUUCAAGAGUCGGCAGCCAGUAGGAAGGACUACGUAGCUUCGGCAUAUCCAGCAACCAAAAACGUGUUUGAUAAGUCCAGCGUAACACAAGAAAAACCCUCUACUACGGUUGUAAAAGAAACCAAUUCACAGCAGACUGACGCUACACCUGUGGGUAGAGGUUCGGCUUCAGCAGGACGCACCAGUGGCUCUGUUUCUGGUUCUAGAUACGGUUAUGGCCGAAGACAUCCUGGAAUUUUGUUAAGAGGGAAUUCAACCCGAAUGCUGAAUGGGUACAAACCAGCUGUCACCUCACAUUCGAAUUCUCCAAGCAGAGCCCACAACCAAGAAACAACAAACUCUCACAGUUCCGCCACAUCACAGUCCACAUUACCAGACAAAACUCAGGCCCAUGAAGCAUCAAAUGCUUUCAAGCCAAGGUCAACUUCAGAAAGCACCUCCAACAGCCGCGCAACCUCAACUUCAUUUAAUUCUGACAAAUCACAGAGCACAUCAGGGUCUAGAUCUCAUGGCCAUACAGAUUUACAAGGCACCAAUCCAUCCACUUCACAGAGCAGUACAAACCACCACCCCAGCACAGGCGCAUCAGGAUUUUCUCAAUCAACUUCGCAAAGAGAAUCUCACAGUUCUGCAACUACACAUGAUGCACACAGUUCACCCACAUCACCAGAGCGAGACGCUUCAUACAGGAGGAAUGGUGACACUAGGCACAAAAAUACAGAUUCAGAAAUCAUCAAAGCUGAGGAGCCUACUUUAAGCUCUGAUUCAGAACCCACAGCAGAGAAAGUAGGAGAGGAAGAGGGAAGGGAUGGAAGAACUAAUGAGAAACCUGUAGUUCCUCGUACCAGAUUAAAUCCUUCAUUCGCUGAAAGAUUCCCCUGGCUAGCUAGUCGCUAUCCAGGGAGAUUUGGAGCAGGUACACGGGCAUCAUCACCCAGGCAGGAGGGUAGGACUCCCUUGACAAGGGUGUCAUCCUCGGUCGGUGCUGACAGACCAGUUUUAAAGGAGACUUCCACUAGAGUCUCUGGGGCUGCAGGUGCUGCAGGAGUGUCCUCAAUACAGGAGACCAGUGAAGAUCUGAAAACCCCUUCCUCGGAUGACAUACUAAAGAAUGGGGCAGGAGCACGUUCUGAUAAGCCUUCUCUGACCAAUACAGCACCGAGCUAUGGUAGAAAUACUACUACAUCAUUUACAUCUUCAGCAUCUGCUUCAAAUUCCCAUCAUUCCUCAAGUCGACGUGGAGGCUCAAAUGAAUCCAUCCGUAUAGGAAGUUCUCCUGAAAGUAGUGACGAUCAUAAUAAGGAUUAUUUUAAUGAGAGGAAUGGAGAAAUUGGUGGGAAAAGUGAUAAAGUUGCAGACUCCACAGAAUCCCAAAAGAAUCCUAUUAUAACUUCAACUGAUUCCCAGAGAAAUGGAGAAGACAAUGAGAGUACGAGUACAAGGGAAACUUCAUCUAGGACCAGGGUUGGCACCUCUCAACGUCGUCCCAUUGUAGGGGUGAAUGGGAGGGUGCGCUCUCCUCUUCUGGGUAACAGGCAGUUUAGCGGGUCCAGAGUUUCCAUCAGACCACAGCCUGCACAGAACUCUAGGUUGGGUUCUUCAACAUCUGAUUCCUCAUUGUCAUCUCAUUCCUCCUCCUCAUCAAAUUUGCCCCAGCCAGAGCUGACUUCAGAUCGUGAUGCUGGCAGCAGCAAAGCUGUGACUAAAACAGGUGGGAUAACUGAAAGCGACUCCCUGUCCACAGCAUCAUCAUCCUCAACAUCGUCAUCAUCGAGAGACAGCUCGAGGAACCAUGGGAGUAGGCCUCGCUAUCCUAUCGUCAGAGGAAAACCAAACAAUGGUGCAGUACUCAAACCUGGCAAUGGAAAUGGUAAAAAUGGACGACCCAAUCUGACAGCAACAAGUGAUAAAGAGUCCUCUUCUUCUCGUGGAACUAGUAAGGCCGCUGCUCAACGGUUUAUCAUUGGACCUGACGGAACCAAAUGGGUGGUAGACUUGGAGCAGGGGGUUCUUAUGAACCAGGAUGGACAGGUUCUCCAGGACUCCGAGGGCAAACCCAAGAGAGUGAUCCUUGGAGAGGACGGACGCACUAUUUUUGACCACAUGGGUAGUCCCCUGGUAAACCAAGAAGGUAUGGCUCUUUUUGGCCACGGUAGAAAUAGCGAGCCUGUGGUCAACCCCAAAGACAAGGUCCUUAUGGUUGGAGGGAAACCUGUCCUUGGUUUGGAUUUGCCUCGCCGCAAGUCCACCACAACUACCACUACUACUACCACAACCACCACCACCACCACCACGGCUCCCACUACCACACCAGAACCCACCACCACUGAAGUAUGGUACGAAGACGAGUCUACCACUCUACAGCCGUACCCAACCUGUCCACCUGGCACAUUCUCCAAAACAGAUGAAUAUGGCUAUCCACUUCUCGACGAAGAAGGGAUUUUGGACUGUUAUCACGAAGAGGAGUCCUCAGGAAUGGAAAUGGACCACAUGGUUACAGUGACCAUGCUGCCUGAUGCUUUAGCUCGUAAGAAAGAUGGGUUACUUGUCCAGACAACCCUUCCUCCGCCCCCGCCCACCACCACCAUCACCACUACCACCACCACUACCACCACAGAGGUCCCACACACCAGACCCUUGAACAAAGGCCCUUCAUCUGAGUUUGAUUUGAGUGGGAAGAAGCGCUUCACAGCUCCUUAUGUGAACUACAUCCGGAAGGACCCGGGUGCGCCUUGCUCGUUAACAGAGGCUCUGGAGUACCUUCAGGUUGAUGUCCUGGAAGACUUGAUUGAGAAGGAAAGCCUGGCAGCCAAUCAGAACCAGCCUCCCAAAAACAAGCCUCAUAACCUGACUGUGGUCGCUAUGGAGGGCUGCCACUCCUUCAUCAUCCUGGACUGGGCUUUGCCUAUGAAGGAUGACAUGGUGUCAGGCUACAUGGUCCACAGUGCUUCCUAUGACGACGUCCUUAACAACAGAUGGUCUUCCAGACCCUCCAGUGGGACACACCUGCCUGUGGAGAACCUCAAGCCCAACUCCAGGUACUACUUCAAAGUGCAGGCCAAGAAUGUGUUUGGUUUGGGACCGGUCAGCGAUACGCUCACUUAUGUCACUGAAUCAGACGAUCCUCUUCUCAUUGAAAGGCCACCUGGUGGAGAACCAAUCUGGAUCCCUUUCACCUUCAAGUAUAACCCAGCCCACAGCAGCUGUAAGGGCAGCCAGUACGUCAAGCGGACCUGGUACAGGAAGUUCGUGGGUGUGGUUCUGUGCAACUCCUUACGAUACAAGAUCUUCAUGGGAGACGGUCUGAGAGAGCCUUUUUACAGUGUGGGGGAUACAGUAGGCCAAGGAGAGGACCAUUGCCAGUUUGUGGACUCCUACAGGGAUGGAAGAACAGGCCCGGCCUUCCACUCAAAUAAUCUGCCCUCAGCACAAGGAUAUUAUCGUGCCUACCGACAGGAGCCAGUUUCAUUUGGAGUGAUUGGCCGGCGCUCACCUCACCCGUUUGUGGGCUGGUAUGAAUGCGGGGUGCCCAUCCCUGGAAAGUGGUAACAGAGGAGGAGGAGGAGGAGGAGGAAGAGGAGGAGGAGGACGUGGAGGAGACAUUGUUACCAAAGACAACUUUUCUGCAUCCUGCUGCAGGCUCUCGCCUUCACUGGCCCUGCCCUGGAAAACAGACUUUCGCCUGCAACACAAAAGACACCACUACAAAUUUACUACAGCUUCACAGAAAAAGAGAAUAUAGUACUUUUAAACUCAAUGUAUAUCAUUACAAUGCACUUUUUUUAUAUAAAGCAGUCUGUAUAUGAGGGAAAAAGAAGCAUGUGUGCUCUUGCUUAUUUUAACUCUUGUUCCAAAGUGUCCUUGUAAUAUUCCCAGCUAUCCUAGAGACAGGUCCUUAUUUAUCUAAUCAGUAUUUCACAGACAAUCAAACCAGUAAUGUUGGACCAAAGUAAAAGUUACAAAGCUAAUUGUAAGAAUGGGAACUCAAGGUGUGUAUAGGUCUGUUUAUUUCCUUUUGUGACAUUUGUAUUUCCUAAUGUAACGGCUUUCGACAGCUGUCUUUAACUAUUUGUGUUCUUAAACCACCAUACUGCUUUUUUUACACAAAUUUGGUAUCCGCCGGAAUUCAUUAAAAGUUACUGUGUAAGUUUUUGUAUGUAUACCGACAAAGAAUAAAAGACCAAAAUAUUUGCUCAGGAA